UCAUAAACUCAACUUUUCAAUCAUCAAAUAUUGUAAAUUUAACGUACGUAGCCAUGAAGAGACAAAGAGAAGUUGAAGGGUUAGAAAACAUAAAUCUAUCAAAUUGUCUAAUGAUGCUUUCUUAUCCCCAACAACAUCAAAACAAGAUUAAGCCACAGCAAAAGAGUUUUGGACCAGCAGAAUAUGAGUGCAAAACAUGCAACAAAAAAUUCUCAUCCUUUCAAGCACUAGGUGGGCACAGUGCAAGCCAUAAAAGAUCAAAAGUAGAAGGUGGUGAAUUCAUGAAAACAAAUGCUACGUCUUUGAGUUUGGGGAAUAAACCCAAAAUGCAUGAAUGUUCCAUUUGUAGACAAGAGUUUUCUUUGGGUCAAGCACUAGGUGGACACAUGAGAAGGCAUAAAGCUAUGAUCAACCAAGAGUUUUCUUCAAUAGAAAAAGUUGUUGUGAAAUUACCAGUUUUAAAGAGAUUGAAUAGUGCAAGAGUUAUGUGCUUGGACUUGAAUUUGACACCGUUGGAGAAUGAUUUGAAGUUAUUGUUUGGAAAUAUGGCUCCAAAUCUUGAUGUUUUGGCCUGAUU